GCGAGGGGUUGCAAAUUGAGCGCGGUUCACGCUUGGAAACGCUAAAGACUUUACUUAAGACCUGGUCUUCGUGCAACAAUUUGCAAUCCAAAUUCUAUGUAACAGAGGGUCUGGCUAAAAAAAAACCAAGUAAACCACGUACAAAUUUCCACCGAUGGACACAAAAUUAUAAUACUCUUUGAUGCAAUUUUGAUUAUUAAUUACUUUCUUAAAAACUUUAAGUACUUUGUCAAUCACAGCAAUUCAUCCCCUUUGUUUAUGAACGGUUCUUAUAUUUAUUUUAUGCUCGAUACAGGGAAGAUGGAGAAGAAAGAUGUCGCGUUGUGCCAAGGCAGGAGCGCGCAAGCUUAAGUCCAGCACUGAUAUAAACGGCUGUAUAGGGCGUUCUAGUCUUCGAGACGCGAAAGUAACGAGGGACGCCGACGCCGACGACGGGGGCUAAAUUUAGGAGUCCCGGACGCAGGCGCGAGCCUCGCGCAUCCCUCUCCCUCGGCUGUGUCAUCCUACGUCGUGGUGAGCCGCGUCGAGCUCAGGGUGUCCGGCCGGUUCCGAGAUGACGGCUUCCGAGAUGCCGCGCGAGACCAGCGAAAGACCCUCGGCUAUCGUACGCAUCGCGUAUCACCAAUUGAGUGUCAUGUGCGGCACGCGUGAUCCCACCGCAACGGACGCGGCCGCGAACGCCGGCUACGCGGACGCGCGCGGCUUCGCGGGCACGCGUCGCCUGCUGGGUCUGCCGGUGUUCGCCACGAUGACAUCGGCGUUCUGCGGCGCGUACGCGGCCGCACGGGGCUCCCACGAGUCGGUCACGACGAUUCUGGACCACGCGGAGGACGGGGUGCGGGCGAGCCUGGAAUUUGCCAGCCCAGUCACCGGCAGGGUCGCCGGCUUCCUGGAAAUGCCGCUCAAGAUCCUCGACGACGCGCUGUGGGCCGGGCUGGUCUUUGUGGAAGAGAAGAUGCCCUCCGUGAAGCUGCCACCCGGCGAGAUCUACGUGAACGUCAAGGACAGUGUCAGGAACAUAUUCACGUCGGCGUUAGAAACCCUCAGGCUUCUCUUUGGCGGGCCGAAAGACCGGAUAGAGGACUUGUCGAACGAGGCCGCACAGGGAAUUCGGAAAGUGUCCAGCUGAAUGGUGAAAAUACGAGGGAUGAUGAAAGCGCUCGGGCUUUCGUCGUGGAGUACACCGUGAUGUUUCAAACCACAAUUCCGCACCGCGAGUUUAUUCACGCCAACACGAGUCUCGAAUCCGUUUUGGACGAGUAACUCGUGCCGUAGUUCAGGACGGGAUUCUAUUUCCUACAAAUUGAAUUCUAUCCUCAAGUCAAGCGCGAAUUGCAAGUCGUCUAAAGCGACUUUUAGCCGCAAAGCAUUGCGAUGUAAAAACAUGGUUGAUCGAGCAAUGCGUGAUAACGCAAUCGUCUCGUUGAUAAGUGACACUCGAUGACAAGUGACAUUAAACGCGAAAGCCGCCGUAAAAUGAAUGUCUGGUUAACGUUCGACUGCGGGAUAUCUUUAUACGAUAGGCUGUUUUACGUUGUUACUCAAAUAAUAAAUUUCGUUUUCGUUUUUACAUCUCCUUUCGUCAGAUAUGACUUACGACUGCAGAGCAUAGCGUCGCGCGAUUCAAUGUCGGUGCCACGUAACCUCGAGCUCAAAUUCAAAGAAUUCGCGCCGAAUAGAUAUCGAUGUAUCGCUCCGCGCGUUGCAAAUCACGAGAUGUAUCGUCAUCGAUUUCAGACUCGUCGUUCGCACGGGUCAACGACUAAUCGCCUUUCGCUCGCGAUAGAUUCCAAUCGACCCGCUUAAAAGAUAUGUCGUACGACACAUGCAACAGUACCCUGAAGUCUCUAAUUUAGAAUGUGCUCCCCAGUGCUCCCUGCGUCUACGAACAUUCUAAUUUGUAGCCAAUAAACACGUUUAAAAAA